ACUCACUCGCAGCCCAUUGCACUGCAGUUUCAGUACUUUGAUGACACCACAUUGGGAAGUACAAUGUUGAUGGACUACUGUCCGUAUGUUAAGCGGCGUGAGGCGUCUGGGUGUACCAACGGCGAUACUAAAUAUGUUCCUGGAAGCUUCAUUGGCCCGGGCUCACGGUGCGUAAAUGGAGAGGGGCUUGAGUUCGAUAACCAAGAGAUUGGCGAUGUGUGCGUGAACACGCAGUGCAGUGGGGGUAGGCUGAGGGUGCAGUUCCUUGGCGACGACACGUGGCACGACUGCAAUGAGGGUGAGACGGUUGCGCCGUCGGGGGGCAAAUGGAGCGGGGGGAGCAUCAGGUGCCCCAAAUAUGCCGACGUGUGCACAGCCUUCCCCAACACCAGGGAUCUCCCAAUACCAGUCGUUGCCCCGCCACUGGUGGAGGAUCCAAACCAUGCAGAUACAAAUGAUGAAUCAGGCGGCACCAAUCGUGAUCCUGGUGCCUCGCCCUCAACGUAUCAGUCGCGCAAUACCAACCCGGAACGCAACCCAACCAGCAUGCGUCGUGAUCCUGGUGCCUCGCCCUCAACGUAUCAGUCGCGCAAUACCAACCCGGAACGCAACCCAACCAGCAUGCGUCGUGAUGCCGGUGCCUCGCCCUCA